UGGCUGGCGAGAAUAUUUGUAUUGAUGCCCUUUCUCCGUAACGUAGGUAGAUUGAACGAUGACAAGAUGUCAAUAUCUGUAUGCUUCAGUCCCUGGUUCCAUCGCUAUUUCUUGACCCGCAUACACACAAUGACCCAAGCAUGACAUCUGUUCCUCAUCCAUCUCUGCUGAAUCAGACCGCUGAUGCAGAGAACGCAUCGAGCGACGACAUCUGGGCCGCCUCACUUGCUGCUCCAUCAUUCCCAUCUGACCUACCAGCGCCUCCGAAGACAAGACUCGGGUCACAUUCGCUCUUUCUUCGAGACAUAAUCUUCGUCCUACGGGUAAGAUGUACUGAGUAUUUGCACGGCAAUGCAUUCUUUGACGACGAUUGUCGAGAGCGAGUGGUCGUUUCGAUCUGGGCCCGUGGUACGUGGACGUUCUCGCCUAUGAUGUGAAAGAGGGCUACGCGGGAGAAGAGUCGACGCUCAUGGAUGUUGUUGGUGUGUAGGAAUUAUCUCGUGCAGU